AUGUCGAUCAACCAUACAAGAAGAUGUGUGAAGAAAGAGAAUGAAGAAUUACGAGAGAAGGCCGAGCCGUUCUUGUGGUGCCACUGCGAAUUUGGGCAAGGAAUGGCGAAUGCAAUGGAAUCAGGUGCUCUUCUGGAGCAGAUAGAGAGCAUAGAAUCCCCAAAGGAUCAGGAUCAGCUGCCUAGACGCUCGUCAAAUCGUCUUAGAAAAAAGCAGGUCGAGCAGAAGGACUUCUCCAAACUGCCGCCAAAAUAUGCCGGGCUUCCUUCUCCAUCGAUGAGAUUUUGUGACUACGUCAUCAACGAGCUUCUGAAUUCGAAAUACGAGCCGAUCAACUGGCUCAUUGAACUACCAACCGUCAAGAAGAAGCUGAAUCACAGACAAUACGCCAAUGCGGAAGAGUUUGCCAAUGAAAUUAGAACGCUAUGCAUGAAUCCGAUCGACGCUGCACUCACAGAUGAAUGCCUCUCACUAUUGCAGAUCUUCGAUAAGCUUUGGUUAUAUUUGCCACCUGAUCCCGAAGAGAGAAACUCAACCUUCAUGAAUGUUCUAGAUGUGGAACAGGCCGAUGCAUUCCACCCAAGCACAUAUCCAGCGGAGCCGAGAGAAGGAAAGAAUGCUCAACGUCUACACACAGAUGUUCAUGCAUCAGUCCUCAGGAACGUGAAGAACAAGCAAAUAGUCGUUAAGAAAACAGGCGAGAAGGCUCUCAUGGCUCAGCAUCAUUCCUACGCUGAUCCAGAUGAUUGUGUGCCUGUUGCCUCACCUCACCACGCGCAUUCUGAGAUGGUGCGUUACAUUUUGUUUCAUUAA